GCGCCUGGAGUGAGGAAGCGCUCUGUGGAGCGGCGGAGCUACGGCGCUGCUUCCACGGCUGCUGAGGAGGGGAGCAUGUCUGCAACUCGAGCCAAGAAAGUGAAGAUGGCCACCAAAUCGUGCCCCGAGUGCGACCAACAGAUUCCUGUUGCAUGUAAAUCAUGUCCCUGUGGUUAUAUAUUUAUUAGCAGAAAACUUCUAAAUGCUAAACAUUCAGAGAAAUCUCCAUCUUCUACAGACAACAAGCAUGAGGCCAAGAGGAGGCGGACAGAGAGAGUUAGGAGAGAGAAGAUAAAUUCUACAGUAAAUAAAGAUUUAGAAAACAGAAAGAGAUCUCGAAGUAACAGCCAUUCAGAUCAUAUCAGACGAGGAAGAGGAAGACCUAAAAGUGCAGCUGCCAAAAACCAUGAGGAAGAAAGAGAAAAACAGGAAAAGGAAAUUGACAUCUAUGCUAACCUCUCUGAUGAAAAGGCUUUCGUGUUUUCAGUCGCCUUGGCAGAAAUAAAUAGAAAAAUUAUCAAUCAAAGACUUAUUCUCUGAUAUUUGUCUGCACAGUCUGUGACACUUUCUUCAGGAUUACAUCAGCAAAUUCUCAAACAGUUACGGACUCUCAGGAGCGUUCUGACUGAGUGACUGAGGCCAUUGAUUGUUCCUUUUCUCUGUUACUUAGUCGGGUGCCACACUUUGGGAGCAAAGCUGUGGGUUAGACUUUGCUGGAAUUUCCUUGUUUACCAAGGAUUAUUAUCAGUGUUUUGUGUUGGGAUAUAACUAAAUGUAUUUAAAAAAAAAAAAAAAACCUACCAAAAAAUAAAUAAAUAAAAAGCCCCGAAAACUGGAUGGAUAUUUACAGAUGAGAGGGAUAGGAGUGGAGGUGGAAACGGAAAACUAGGGCAGUUAAAAUGCUUCAUAGUUUUCAGGUUUGCACCAGAGAUGCAAUAUUUUAAGUACUGUCAAGAGAGUGACUUUUAACUAUUUAUAUUUCAGGCUUUCAUCAUUAACAGAUUGCAUAUAUACGAUCCAUUGACUUAAUAAAUUGGUAAUUGAUAUUUUAUUAAAUGGAGAAUUACGAAUAUAGAUUAUUAAUUCUGUCUUCAAUUGACCUUUUCCUUGGCCACUAUUUUAAUGAUUUAAGGUAGAAGUUAUAUAUUCAGAAACUUUUUAGACAGUUUGGAAAUUUGGGUGCUAUAUGAAGAAAAGCAUUUAAGGCUGUAUCGUAUAAACACCUUGUUUUCUUGAAUGUUUAUUUAUUGGUUUAAAAAAACUUCUGUUAUCAAGAUGGUGCCUGUUAAUCUAAACACAAGAUAUAUUUAUUACAUGCAAAAUACUUCUUAGCUACUUGUAAACAGUGAUGUUUUGUCUGAAUGAAUGUUCAUUUAUACAUAAAUUCUGGCAAUUAUUUAAACUGUUACUUCAUCCUGGAAAGAAAUAAACCUUAAUAUUGAAAGUGAGUAGAUUAGUGUGGUAUAGCUCUUUGUCCUAGUGAAGUCUGUAAAAUAUUUCAGCGAGUUUUUCCAGUGUUGUCAUGUUCCUAUGCUUCGUGCAUGUUGACACCA